GCCAUCAUGUCCGCCGAAGACAACUCUCCCGUCCUCGACAAUGGCAUUGACCAGCUCGCCGAUAAGAUGGGCGGUCUCAACGCCGACGAGCGCCCGCGCACCGAAGAAGAGUAUGCCCAGGCUCAGCUCACUCUCCGCGCCAUCGUCACUUCCAAGGAAGCCGGUGUGAUCAUUGGAAAAGCUGGACAAAACGUUGCCGACCUUCGCGAUAAGACUGGCGUUCGCGCUGGUGUCAGCAAAGUCGUUCCUGGCGUGCACGACCGCGUUCUGACCGUGACUGGUGCCCUUACUGGGAUCGCCGAUGCCUACGGUCUUGUCGCCGACAGCCUCGUCAAAGGCGCACCACAAAUGGGCAUGGGAGGUGUCGUUGGCAGCCCCAACACUCACCCCAUCCGUCUCCUGAUCUCGCACAACCAGAUGGGCACUAUCAUUGGCCGUCAAGGACUCAAGAUCAAGCAGAUUCAAGACGCGUCUGGCGUGCGCAUGGUCGCUCAGAAAGAGAUGCUUCCACAAUCCACCGAGCGCAUCGUCGAGGUCCAAGGCACACCCGAAGGCAUUCAGAAGUCCGUGUGGGAGAUUGGCAAGUGCCUCAUCGACGAUGAGCAGCGCGGCUACGGCACUGUCCUCUAUAGCCCAGCCGUCCGCGUCCAAGGCGGCGCUCCUCCAGCAAUCAACGGUGCUAGCCCUGUCGGGUUUGGUGGAGGUGCUCCUCGCAGCUUCGCCCGCACUGGCAACGGUGCCGACUUCACCUCUGGUGCACCAGCUUCUUCCUACCCACCUCGCCGUAACGGCGGCUCCGACGCCGGCCCGCCUCCUGUCGUCGAGGAUGGCGAAGACAUCCAGACUCAGAACAUCAGCAUUCCAGCUGAUAUGGUCGGCUGCAUCAUCGGUCGUGGUGGCAGCAAGAUUAGUGAGAUCCGCAAGAGCUCUGGCGCACGCAUCUCCAUCGCCAAGGCUCCCCAUGAUGAGAGCGGCGAGCGCAUGUUCACCAUCACCGGCGGUCCCAGCGCGAACGAAAAGGCCCUCUACCUCCUCUACGAGAACCUCGAAGCGGAGAAGAUGCGCCGCAGCCAGAUCCCAGAGGCUCAGGCAUAGGGUGUCAACCCUUGUGGACCUUACUCCGGCAAUCACAACCGGAUUCCGCCGUCUCUUCUCGGUCAUUGAGACCGUGAUCUCACUAUCAUCCGCUUCGACAAUCAAACUGGAAAUCAAACCUCGACAUGCUUCUCUUUCUUCACUGCCGCGGUCUGGAUAUUCGACCACAUCCUCAUUCCCUCAACGCAUGUCUAAUGACCAUUAUGACUUUACGCUUCGACGACCACAUCAGUCCGAACGCCUAUUGUCGUCUCCCCAGUGUGGCUUCUUUAUUCCACUUCUGCACCUCUCACUCUUUACUCAUCACAUACGCCAACCCCACGAAAAUCCAACAUAUCUGCCGCUACC